AUUCGUCAGGCACCUAUGUUAGGAAAUUGAACUGUAAAAAUUCACCAUGGCUUAUGGCUUGCCAAGAAAGAACACAGUGAAAACCAUUUUGCGGAGCGGUUGUUAUACAGUGCAGGAACCUUGGGAUCUUGCGCUGCUUACGAAGACCUGGUAUACGAACCUAGCCAACAUCAAAUUGCCUUUCUUGGAAGAAAUUACAUUUGGUAGUCCUUUACACCCCCAAAAAUGUAAAACCAUUAAGGAUGGUCUGCUCCCUUCUGCAGAAUCCAUCAAACUUGAAAGGGACUCUGAAAUGAAGCGCCUGAAUAACCUGAAACGUCAGGAAAAUGCAGCUGAGGAAAUUCAGAUUUCCCUAAGAGAAAGGCCAGUUGGUUUGAGAAGACCUCUUCCACCUAAGUGACAGUCAUCUCAUAGUGGAAUCUGAACUCUGUGCUUUCCACAUCCGAAGGAAUGAAGGGCUCCCACCUGCCACGGUGUCAAGUUCGGUGCAGACAUCUGAAUGCCCACUGGUGGAUGAGCCAGCUCCCGUGAGUUAGUGGACAGCUCUGACGGAUCUUCUGGGUCCCUGCCACAGGCUUGUUCCUUUGUAUCACAAGCAACAGCUCUGUAAGUAGAUGAAAAUGCAGCUGGAAUUGAGUCAUUUGUGCU